UCUAGGUUAGGGCACGCUGUUUUCAUUUUGCGUGAAGAGUGGACGGAGUUUGCGAUUAAAAUUUAGGAUGAGUAGUGAGAGUGAAUACGAAAGUGAACCUGGCGGCUCAUCAGAUAAUGGGGAAAACGAGGAAAAUUCCAACCAAUCCGGAGAAAGUAGUGGCGAAAAAGACGAUGAUAAAGCCCAAAAUUCGACGUGGGAAGACCUGGGAUUGAUUGAUACAUUAUGUGAAGCAUGCAAGGAAUUGAAAUGGAAAGCUCCAACAAAAAUUCAAAAGGAAGCCAUACCAGUGGCGUUGCAGGGAAAGGACAUCAUUGGACUUGCUGAGACUGGCUCGGGAAAAACUGGUGCCUUUGCUUUACCCAUUUUGCAGGCUUUGCUGGAAAAUCCGCAAAGGUACUUCGCUCUGAUUUUGACUCCUACCCGAGAAUUAGCAUUCCAGAUUUCGGAGCAGUUCGAAGCAUUAGGAAGCAGCAUAGGAGUAAAAUGUUGUGUAAUUGUUGGCGGAAUGGACAUGGUAGCUCAAGCCUUACAAUUAGCAAAGAAACCUCAUAUUCUCAUUGGGACUCCCGGCCGAUUGCUAGAUCACUUGGAAAAUACGAAAGGAUUUAAUCUGAAAGCAAUAAAAUAUUUGGUGAUGGACGAAGCAGAUCGUAUUUUAAAUAUGGAUUUCGAAGUUGAAAUGGAUAAAAUUCUGAAAGUGAUUCCGCGUGAACGUCGUACUUUCCUGUUCAGUGCAACUAUGACAAAAAAAGUGAAAAAGCUGCAAAGGGCUUCACUUCAAGAACCAGUCAAGGUGGAAGUAUCAAACAAAUUCCAAACAGUUGAACAACUGCAACAGUACUAUAUUUUCAUUCCCGUUAAAUACAAGGACGUGUAUUUGGUGCACAUUCUCAAUGAGCUGUCCGGCAACAGUUUCAUGAUCUUCUGCAGCACCUGCAAUAAUACAGUGAAAACUGCUCUUAUGCUUCGAUCACUUGGACUAGCAGCCAUCCCAUUACAUGGCCAAAUGUCACAGAAUAAACGAUUGGCCGCUCUUAAUAAAUUUAAAUCGAAAAGUCGUUCGAUUUUGAUUUCAACAGAUGUUGCGUCAAGAGGGUUAGAUAUUCCGCACGUCGACGUUGUUUUAAAUUUCGAUAUUCCUACGCACAGCAAAGACUAUAUCCAUCGAGUUGGGCGAACAGCUCGUGCUGGCCGGUCAGGAAAAGCGAUCACUUUCGUUACCCAAUAUGAUGUGGAACUCUAUCAACGAAUUGAACACCUCUUAGGCAAACAAUUGCCAUUGUACAAAUGUGAAGAAGAUGAGGUGCUGGCCUUGCAAGAAAGAGUGGGAGAGGCUCAACGAACUGCGAAACUAGAACUGAAGGAUAUCGAGGACAAAAAGGGCUUCAAAGGGAAGAAAAGAGGCCUCAACGAUGACUUUGAUGAUUCAGAAAACUUCACUGGUGCCAGAAAACGCAUCAAAACUGGCAAGGGCAGCAAAAGUAAAAAUUGGAAGAAGUCGAAAUAAUCCUAGCCCAAUACAAAACGACGUGAAUAAUAAAUAAGAUUCGAUGUAUUUUUAACAACCUUGAGUUUUAUUUAAAAAGACGUGGUCAUAUUCCCUUAAUAUAUACAAUAUUGAUUAAACAUCUCCAAAUUAAA